AUGACAAGCCCUGAUCUCGAAAAGGUAUACUCGAAGACUUCAUCUGAAGAAAAUACCAAAGGUGCUACCAAUAUAUCAUCAUCUUCUGUUGAUGACACCUCAUCGAAUGAGGAGAACAUUGACGUCGCUUUGAGGUUUUUAAAAGAUACCAACGCCAAGGAUUUUGUGUUGGAUGAUGACCAAGAUACAUUGAUCACUGACGUCUCAGAAGAUGCUAAAAAGAGUAGAAGAGACAGAGCAAUUUUUUAUGGUGCGUGUGAUCUGCCCAAGAAUGUCUUGCGCAGGUUAGACACUUUCAUCUUGCCCUUCCUCUGCGUGACAUAUCUGCUAAUGUUUCUGGAUAAGGCGUUGCUGAACUAUGCAGCAGCUAUGGGUAUUAAUGAUCAUUUGAAAGGCAAUGAGUUCUCCAAUCUGAGUACAAUUUUUUCGGCGUCGUAUAUCUUUAUGGAACCAUUUGUGACUUUUUUGAUCCAAAGGUUUCCGAUCUCAAAAGUUAUGGCAGUUUUUAUUACAUGUUGGGGCAUUUCGCUAACUUGUCAUGCUGCUUGCAAGAGUUAUGCUUCCCUGAUGAUUGUACGUACUCUGUUAGGUAUGUUUGAGUCGUCAAGUGCGGUGGGAUGUAUUGCUAUAAGCGGUAUGUACUACACAAAAGCCGAACAAAGUGCUAGAAUUGGAUUUUGGGCCACACAAGCCGGUACUGGUUACGUUGUUGGCGGCUUAAUUUCCUUUGGGUUUCAGCAUUAUCACGGAAAGAGCUUUACGUCGUGGCAAAUUAUGUUUCUUGUUGUUGGUCUAGUUACUGUUGCUUUUGGUAUUUUGACCUAUUUAUAUUUGCCUGACAAUGUCACAAAUGCAUGGUUUUUAAAUCAAGAGGAGAAAGUUUUGGUGGUGAAACAUAUCAGAGAUAACCAGACAGGUUUAGAAAACAAAAAGUUUAAAAAAGCCCAAGUGAAAGAGCUACUUUUACAUGAUAAAUUGACCUGGCCAAUGUUAUUCAUCACUGCGGCUUCACAAAUAUCGACCGGCGCAAUCGGCACAUUUUCAGUUACCAUCACGCGAACCUUUGGUUUUGAUUCAAAGGAGACUGCAUUAUUGCAGUUACCUAUAGGUGUAAUUACCGCCAUGAUUAUCAUUAUCACAACACAGAUGAUCGCGCGGUGGGGCCAAAUUACUCUCGUCACCACAUCAAUGUAUAUUCCUGCGAUAAUAGGUUCAAUCGUAAUGUUAUGCUUACCGUUGUCCAAUAAAAUUGGUAAUCUUCUAGCGCUUUAUUUGAUAUACAGUGGUUCCUGCACAAUCACAAAUAUUUACAUUUGGAACUCUUGCAAUACGUCCGGAUACUCUAAAAGAAUCUUCCGAAAUGCAAUUACAAUUAUUGCAUACAAUGUUGCAGCUAUCGUUGCACCACAAAUGUUCAGAGCCAAUAGCGCUCCAAGAUACGUUCCAGCAAAGAUUGCGUUAUUAGUCACUCAAGCUGUUUGUGUUCCCGUUCAGUUAUAUAUAGGCUAUAUUUCGAAAAAAGAGAAUGAAAAAAGGGAUAAGGAACAAGAAGGUCAGUCCGUCGAAAAAUAUCAGUUUUUGGAUCUUACAGAUAUUGAAAAUAGAAACUUCAGAUAUAUAUAUUAG